AUGAAAAGUUGUUAUGUGAUAAAAAAAAUUUAUAAAUAUGAACAAGUGUAUAAAAAAUUACAUAAAUGCAUUAAUAUAGGAAUUAAUAAUAAAUCUACACUUCAUAGCAAUAAUUGUGCACAUAAAUUUUUAAUUAACCAAGUCAGGAAGAUAAAUAAUAAAUUUGUCCUACACACUAACAAGCGAACAUCAGUGAAACACCUUACCAUUAACAGUUAUCCUAGUUUUCAGAACGGUAUAUAUUGCAUAUAUAAAGCGUUCAGAAAUAACUCAGGCAUAGACAAUACAGCGGAAAGGGUGAGUAUCAAAUGUAGUGAUUGGUACCACUCCAAGGGGGAAGAAAAAAAAGAAAAAAUUAAAGAGGAAAAAGAAGAUGCAACAAAUAAAAUAAAUAAAGAGGAAAAAGAAGAAGCAACAAAUAAAAUAAAUAAAGAGGAAAAAGAAGAAGCAACAAAUAGAAUAAAUAAAGAGGAAAAAGAAGAAACAACAAAUAGAAUAAAUAAAGAGGAAAAAGAAGAAACAACAAAUAGAAUAAAUAAAGAGGAAAAAGAAGAAACAACAAAUAGAAUAAAUAAAGAGGAAAAAGAAGAAACAACAAAUAGAAUAAAUAAAGAGGAAAAAGAAGAAACAACAAAUAGAAUAAAUAAAGAGGAAAAAGAAGAAACAACAAAUAGAAUAAAUAAAGAGGAAAAAGAAGAAACAACAAAUAGAAUAAAUAAGAAAGAAAAAAAGACCGAUCCCCUUUUUAAUGACUUAAAUCGUAUCAGUUUGCUAAGCUCACACCAUCCCAUGAAAAUUUCUAUUAUUUCAAAUAAAAUGAGAAGGAUAAAAUUUAGAAGUUUUACGCAAAUUGCCGUAUCAAUAAAAAAAGAUAAAUGCAUAAAAUUUUCAAGAUUAAGUCUUAGUGAAUUAUUAAAUUUUAUUAAUAAAAAUUUAUCACAAGAUAAUGAUAUAAAGACGUGGAAUAAUAUAUUUGUUCAAGUAGACAAAUUAAUAUCAAAAAAGACGAAAAAUGAACAACACAAGAGAGAAAUAAAUUCCUUUUUUGAAAAAUUAAAAAAUAUUGAUUAUUAUGUACUAUUGUAUAAUCUAAAAAAUGUUGAUGAGUGUACAAAAAAUAAUAUAUUGAAUAGUUUAUUCUUUGAAUGUUUUGUGUUAUGUUUAAGAAGAAGGGAUAUAACCUACUCGUAUGAGAAAGACAACAAAAUUCAUGAUAUGGUUGAGGAGUCUAUCGAGGGAGGAAAUGAAAAAGGGGAUGAUAUAAAUCUAGAAAAAAAAAACGAAAGUAAAGUAAAAUCAUAUAUGAAAAAUUUAAAAACGUUUUUAAGUAUAACUAGUAGUAGAAGGAAUGUCAAAGAGCAGACGAUGAACAUGCGAAAUGAUGAAAAAGGGAAUAAAGAAAAAGAGCGGUCAUUAUCCUUUACAAAAAGUUGUGAGGAAAAGAGAUUGGAGUUUUUGCACACCCUUGAGAAGGUGGAAAAGGAUGAGAACAAUAUGAGCAUGCCAGUUUCAAUAGGUCUAGAUGAAGACAGUCCUCACAAAUUUCACUCGCACAAUACUUGUGAUAGAGAUAUUACUAAAAAAGAAAGGAGAGAAGUCGAUGUGGUUACUGCAAAGGGUACAAACGACACGGUGAAUGUGAGUACAAAGAGAGCAAAAAAUGUGAAGAUGAUAAAGAGGUGGUUCAACCUGCUGACUUAUUUUUCGAACAAGUGUGAAAAUAUGCUAAUACUAAAAGAGUAUUUAAAUAAAAUAUUCAGACAAAAUAUUGAUGAAUUGAUUCAUUUAAAUUAUUUCUCAAAAACUGUACAUCAUUUAACAAACCAAAUUAAUAGUAAAAGUGUACAUGCGAUAAUUUUAACAUAUGAACAAAAAUUAUGUUAUAUGAAGCCAUAUGACUUUAGUUAUAGUUUAAUUAUUUUAUUACGUUUUUUAAUACUUAAUCAUAAUUUAUUUAAUAGUAUAAUUAAUUAUGCUAUAGACAAUCCAUUGAGCAAAUUUCAGAAUGAAAAAUUUUUUAUUAGAUUUAUAAAGAGUGUUGAUAAUUAUCCUUUGAUAUAUCCAUCAAAUAUAAACUAUAACAAUACCGAAUUUUUUCAAGCAAAUAUGAAUGAUUUAUAUAAUUUUACUUUUUCAAUUUUUAUAAAAAAGUUAAGUACACAUUUAAAAUAUUAUUCUAUAAAUAAUUUAUUAUUCUUAUCUGAGUGUUUAAGUAAGGUAAUAUUUAUGCCAAAUACACAAAACCAGACAUUGCACAUAUUUAUAAAUAAAUUAAGAUAUUACAUUGACGAUUCGAUUGAUUUAUUAUCUGUUGAUAAUUUCAUGUUGAUACGUCUUUUUAGAAUCUAUUCCUUCUUUUCCUUUGUACCGGAAAUGGAGGUUUUUGUUGAUAACACUCCAAAAAAGAAUACUAGAGGUAGUCGUAAAUGUAUAACCAACCCGAAUGUGCUUGGCCUUUCCCAUGAACAAAUUAAAGCACCUGAUCUUAGGAUUUGUUCAAAUAACGUUAGCGAUGUGAGCGUUAGGGGCUUGGCUGGACGGAGCAGCAUAGACAUUACAAACCAAACGUCCGAUAAAUUGGAAAAAGGAGAAGAUAUAAGGGGGAAAGUAAUUAAUGAGCCAAAUAAGGUAGAAAUGAAUGGUUGUACAGGCACGAGGUCUGUGUGUAAGGAAGAAAUGGCAAAGUCGAGGAAGUCACUGGAGGAAAUACGUGUUAAGGGGGAAGAUGGAGAAAUGGGAGAACAGAUAAAUGGUGCAGUAGACGAACCGCUGAACAACGUAACCGAGGAGUUGCCUAUACAUAAGAGAGAUGCGAGUCUAAAGAAAGAGCAGUGUGGUAAAGACGGAGAGAAAAUGACAAAUAUUAACGAAUGCAGGAAGAGCAUUAUGAAAGAAAAUCAGUGUAGUGGAGGAAAGAAAAUUCUGAAGCAUAAGACGGAUGAAAGUACUGAAGAGAAAAGUAAAAAGAAAAGCUUGUGCUUUAACAUGAACGAAAAGAAGGUUAUAAAUUAUUACUAUGAAAAAUCAGAAGAGAGUGACAGCUUUCACAUAAAUCAUUUCCUGACAAGUUACGAUAUAUAUCAAGUAAAAGGGAGUAGAUACAAAAUAAACAAAUAUCUUUUAAAUUAUAAUAUGAAUCAUGAGCAAAAUAAAAAGUACAGGAAAAACAAAUUGUUGUUAAAAAAUAUCGUUUUAUCUUUAUGUUCACAUAUCGACAAAAAUUUGGAGGAAAUAGCAAAGGAACUGAGGAAAAUGAAAAACGAAUGUGGGGGCAUUAGAAAACAAUGUACAGAUGCUACAUAUGCUUCAUUGGAUUUAUCGCAGGUGAACAUGGAAAAGGAUAAUUUAAUAGAGGAAAUAAAACGUAUGAAUGAAAAAAAUGAAGUGAGUAAACGGAAUGAUGAUGAUAGUGCAGAAAACUUUACAGUUAAGGAAAAAAGUGCGAACAGUGAACUUUAUAAUAGUUAUUUAAUUUUUUAUGAUAUAAAGAUAUUAAGUGAAAUAGUGAAAUUUACACAUUUUUCUAUCAAUACAAAUAAGUAUACAUAUGAAUUAAUAAAAUCGAUUAAAAAGAGAUUAGAAGAAAUAAUAACAAUCUGUAAUAUUAAGGAUGAUGUAAAUAAUGAAAAAGCAAAAAAAAAAAAAAAAAAAAAAAAAAAUGAAGAACAAGCGAAAAUACAAAAUAUUACCACUUUUCAAUUAUAUAAUUUUUAUUGUGCAUGUAAAAAUUUUAGUCCCUCUUUUCUUUUUGGAUUUUUUGAUAUUUUAUUAAAAUUAACCCCCAAAAUUAAUGUAAUAGAUAUAGACAAAUGUGGAGAUAUUUUUAAUAAAAAAAAUAUAUAUAAAAUGGAGUAUUUAAAAUUUUUUGAAAAAAUUAUGAACAAAAAUAUUACUAUUCCUUUUAUUGUAUCCUUAUUACAUUUACUUAAAAUUAUAAUUUCUUCCAAUUUAUUUCUUAGCAAUAAUUUACUACAUGAACAUGUUAGCACCAUGGUACAGUAUUCAUAUUAUGUACUGUUAUAUUAUUGCUAUAAUAAGAACAAAAGGAAACAUGUAAAAAAUGUAGAUGUUUUGGGUAAUACUAUAAAAGAAAUUUAUGCAGAUGACGAUAUGAUGAUAAAUGCAGAAACUCUUUUUGAAAAUCCUCUUUACGAUUCAACUACAGGGAAAGAACUUCUUUCCACUGCUACAAAUGAGGAUAUUAAUAAUGAAGGAAAGGAUAGCACGUACAGUUAUAAUUAUGACAAUUUUAGUAGCAGUGCUGUUGAUGAGUAUACUUAUGCGUACAGAAAUUAUGAUCAUUAUGAUCAAGCGGUAGCGGAAAAACCAAGUAGUAGUCAUUUUGAAGCGUAUGAGAAUAAUAAAAGUGUAAAACAAAAUGUGCAUGUAGUAGAGAAUAAGACAGUAGCUCAUUCUUCAACAUAUGAAGAAGCAAAUGUUAAUGAUAAAUUAUUAUAUGAACGUAACUACAACGAUAAUGGUUGUAUUAGAACAGGAAACUGGAUGCAUUCCAUCUCUAAUGAAAAUAUGCUUAUGGGAAACUCAGGCAUGAAUAGGGAAAAGGAAAAAAUGAAAAUUGUGGAUACAAAUGAGUACAUUGAUUUUAAUGAUAACAAUCAUUCUAUCUUUGAUGAUAGAAGCGACUGUUCGGCCAUAUCAAAUAUUAUGAAAUUUAACAAAAACAGUAAAAAGCUAUGCAUUUUUGAAGAUUUAUAUUUAGAUGACAUAUGUAAUAUCUAUUUGUGUUUGUCCACAUCGUUAUACUUUUUAAACCGAACAGAAGAAAAAUCGAAUGAAAUAAAGCAUUUAAUAUAUUUAGAAAAUAAAUUUUUAAAAUUAGUAUCUAAAGAAAGAUAUAUGAAAUACUUAUCAGACAAUUUUAUCUUUUUUUUAUUUAAAGCUCCUUCUACAUGUAAAUUAGAACAAGUAUUUGAUAAUAUAAUACCCUCCUUAAAAAUUAUAAACAGAAUGAGGAGUAAAACAAGUGAAAUUCUUUCAUCAUUCACACAUUCCGUCAAUAUGAAAUUUCUCAGUUUACCAGCAGCAACUGCAUUUUUCAUAUGCAAAAUUAAAUUAUCCAUGGCGUCAAGUAGUACUAGACAAAUUAACAUAGUCAGAAUGGAGAACACGAAAAAAUUAUUUGGGAUUCUGAUCGACGAUUAUAAAUUACUGUCAAAGUGUAUUGAAGAAUUGUUUAUUAACAAGAGGAAAGGUGUUGAUGCCCCUGUGGGUAGCGGCGGUCGCGCAGGAACUGAUGACUAUGUAGAUCACUACGGUGAUACAGGUGCAAGUGCAGGUACAGGUCAGGUCAAGUGCAGGUACAGGUGCAGAUGGUUAAAUAUAGAAAUGUCGGGAUCACACCAAAGAGAAACUCAGAGGAGUAUGAAAAACAGUGGUACAGAAAAGAAUAACAAAUUUAGUCAUUUCAAUAAGAAAAGAAAGAAGUUUUCCUAUUUACCAUAUCUUAUAUCAAACAAAAGUACUAUAAAUCAAAAUGUUUAUUUUAAGACUCUAAUAGGUGAUAUGUUUUUUGGUAUACAUGAAGUGAAGACAUUAUAUGACCUUCAAAAUACUUUAUUAAAAACUGUGAAACAUUUGGAAAUGUCUCAAAUUAAUUUAAAUGUAAAUUAUAAAAUUACACAAAUUACACCUAUCCAUAAUGAUAUGUUAUCUUACUUGUCAGAACUAGCCAAUGUAGUAAAAGAGUGUUUAUAUAUUAUAUUUUUAUCUCAACCUUAUAUUCACAAAUCCCCUAAGAAAUAUACUACCAAAAGUUUAGUUAAUUAUUUUAUUAACAAGUGUAAAUUUGUUAAGGAUUAUAACGUUUUCGACGACUGUAAUAAUAAAUCCAUCAACGACUUGAAGAGUAAUAAGUACAUGACCAACGAAAUUUGUAGUUAG